AUGAACUCGAAACUCAUAUUCAUGUAUACCAACGCGCAAAGUGUACUUUUAAAACUAGACGAACUCCGUAUCCAUACCUACGACCUCCAUCCAGAUGUUAUCUCAAUAACCGAAACAUGGUUGUCCGAACAGGUUGAUGAUAGAGAGCUCAUGCUCCCUGGAUUUCAACUGUUCCGCCGAGACAGAGAAAACAGAAGGGGUGGAGGCAUAAUAACAUUUGUUAAGAACGGCUUGCACGUUUCAGAAAAAACUGCCCAACUGACUUGUAGUACCGAAGCAUUAUGGCUGACCAUAAGGGCACCGGGCUCUCAAAGUCUCGAUAUCUUGACAGUAUAUCGCCCCCCGAGAAAUGACCCUGACGCUGAUGCCCAACUGCUGGAGGAGCUCAGAUUAUUUUCAACGCGGCCGACCACUCUCAUCGUUGGAGAUUUUAAUGCACCUCACAUCGACUGGAGCUCGGCCUCAGCCAACUGCUCUGAAGCAGCAUUUGACCAGCAGCUACUGCGUACCUCCGACAACCUGCUUCUCACACAACACGUAAUGUUUCCAACUAGAGUUCACGAGAGCCAACAGAUGAACUGCCUCGAUCUUGUGUUCACCAAGUCGUCUGACAACAUCGACGUUGUGAAUUGCCUUCCCCCGUUGGGUCAGAGUGACCAUGUAGUUCUCAUGUGGGAAUACACAUUAUUCUCCUUUCCUGCACAACCGCUCGAUUCCCGACCCAAUUUUUGGCGCGGCGAUUUCGAACAGAUGAAAAAGGAUCUUAGUCCUAUCGACUGGGCAUCCACUCUCUCCGGCGAUGUCGAAGAGGCUUGGUGUCAGUUCAAAGAGUUAGUCCACAACCUCAUCUCCAACCACUGUCCAAUCAUGCGCAGAAAACUAACAAAUAGACCUCGCUGGUUGACUCCGUCGUUAAAGAAGGAAGUUAACAAGAAGAGGAAGCUAUGGAAAAGAUCGCUGACGGAUCGCACGCCAGAAUCCCUAAGCAGUUAUAAGUUACAGAGAAAUCGGGUCAAAAUUCUCAUCGCCAGAGAUAGGAAAGCUUUUGAAAAGAAUCUUUUGAACCGUGCCAUGAUUAAUCCAAAAAUCCUUUACAGCUACAUAAGACAGAGCACACGGAACAAAGAUCCUGUCCCACUGCUGCGAACGGUUGAGGGUGUGGAAAUCUCCGAUGAAAAGGAUAAGGCUGAACAUCUCUCUCAGUUCUUCCGGUCAGUCGUGACAAGUGAACCUGCUUUUUCCUCACCCACUUAUGAAGACGAUGGAACGCCUACCCUCGAAGCCGUCUUCUUCACCGAAACAAUUGUUCGGAAUGAGUUACUAAACCUAAAAGAAUCGACCUCCCCAGGCCCUGAUGCAAUCCCGGCCAAGCUGCUGAAGGAACUAGCUUCCGAAAUGUCCAAGCCGUUAGUCUUGAUCUUUCAAACGUCAUUUGUUACUGGAUGCCUGCCCUCUGACUGGAAGUCCGCUACCAUCACUCCGCUUUUUAAGGGUGGAAGUUGUGCGUCGGCGAAUAAAUACAGGCCAGUGAGUCUUACCUCCAUCUGA